AAACGGAGAGCGCCCUCUUCAUAAAUGGAGAGAUCCAAAUUCAAAAAAGAAAAGGUGAGCCAAAGUGUUUCUCUCAAGCCAGGCCGCCCAGAUAUUACCGGUUGCCGGUUCGUUCCCUUUCUUCGUUUCCGAAAUUCCAAAAUAACUCCGACCCAACUCCUUCCCACAAAAUCCUUACCCCCGCGCAACCUCUCUCUCAACUGUCCGAUCAAUGGCCAAAACCGCACCAUCACCCUCAACCUCUCGCGUCCUCAUCAUCCUCCUCCUCCUCCUGAGCACCGCACCGAAGCCCUCCCACUCCCUCUCCUACUUACAUCACGGAACCCUGGUCUCCCUCUCCCACUCGGUCAUGACGCAGGUGGCCAACCUCCGCGACUCCCGGGGCGACAUCUCGGGCACGCACCGGGCCAGGCUCAUCGCCCAACACCUCGAGCGCGGCCUCGGCCUGGGCUUCUUGGGGUUCACACCGUCCGCUGGCUGGGACUACCUCAAGAACUACGCGUGGAGGUACGUGAACUACGAAGAUCUGAGCGGCGCCAUUUCGGGCGCGAAAAUGCUGCUGAGUUCUCUGGGCGAGUUGACCCGCAUGGGCUCGCACGCCGAGAGGGCCGCAUGGAUCGGACGAAAUUACAAAAAUUUGCUCGGAAUCUCAAAUUCGCUCUUCCAACGGCUUCUCAAAGGUGCACUGAUGGAGGCGGUGCAAAGAGAGGUGGCGGAGGGUGGGUUACUGAGGGACUGCCUUGAAUUGGGGGCGAAUGACUUGAAGGGAUUUCUUCCGAGACUUGGCUUUACAAUUCUAUUCCACCUCAGGCGAUGAUGGGCGUGAUGAUAUAUGACACUCCAUGGGUUUGCCUACACACGGAUACUUCUUUAUAUUAUUAGUAGAAUGUGGAAAAAAAAGGCUAAAGAUUUUUUUUUUUUUUUGGUGGAAAAAUAGUAAGGACCUUAAGGCCUGCUUGGGGAAGUUAUGUUUUGGGACUGUGAUUUAUCAUCUUUGGAGACAUAGAAAUGAUCUCCAACAUGGGAAUACCCCAAAGUCAGAAGAGGUUAUUGUCGCUAGUAUUUUGUGGAAGGUUAGGUCUUGAAUCUUGGCCAAAGGAAGGUUUAAAAAUCUGUCCAACCACAUACCUCUUGUGCAUCGGUGAAAUUUACAAAUGCUGCUGUCUUAAAGUGGGGCUGGAACCGGAUAGUUGCUGUCAAUUGUGGUUGGGCUGCUGACCUUAGAGAUACGGUACUAAUCUGGUGUAGAGGAAAAGAGGGAUACAAGUCCAAGAUCCUUCUUGAUUAUACCCAACAGACCUUAGCUGAGUUGCAAGGAUUAGGAACAGCUGUUCUUUUCUUUUCUUUUCUUUGGUUGGGUUGGUUUUAUGGUUGUUUGUUGCAGCAAUAGUUUCUGUUGCUUUGUAUUCUGUUGAAAGUUCUGCUGGUUUGCAGCAGUUCUUGUGCUUUUUGGAUGUGUUCCAGUUUUCACCGGAGGGAUGCAUUCCUUUUGGUUUGGUUAUAAAGCUUUAAUUCAUCAAA